AUGACCUGCUGUGAAGGAUGGACAUCCUGCAAUGGAUUCAGCUUGCUGGUUCUACUUCUAUUCGGAAUAGUUCUCAAUGCAAUCCCUCUCAUUGUCAACUUUGCGGAUGAAGGCCAAUUUUUUCACAAUCCCAUCUCUUGCUUUGAGUGGUGGUUCCCAGGAAUUAUAGGAGCAGGUCUAAUGGUCAUUCCAGCAGCAACAAUGUCCUUGGCAGCAAGAAAAAGAGCGUGCUGCAACAACAGAACUGGAAUGCUUCUGUCAUCACUUCUGAAUGUAAUCACGAUCAUCGGUGCCGUGUAUUGCAUAUUGGUGUCUACCCACGCUCUCAUAGAAGGUCCCCUCAUUUGUAACUCUCAAGAGAACAGCACUUCCAACUGUGAAUUUUCAUUCAGUAACUUAAGUGACACUCAUCCAGAGUUCUUCAAUCUUCAGUGGUUCUACAAGGAGUCUUGCAUAGCUCCUACUGAUUACACUAAUCUCACCGUGAACAGCAUCAUGCCCAGUGGCUGGAGAGAACACAGCUUACACUUCAAUUCUAAAGAAAACAAACACCGGACGAUCCAUUUAACAGUGUUUUUAGGCCUACUGCUUGUCGGGAUUCUUGAGCUCCUGGUUGGGCUCAGUCAGAUCGUCAUUGGUUUCCUUGGCUGUUUCUGUGGAGUCACUAAGAGGAGAAAUAGAAUUGUAUAAUUUAAUGGUAAUAAAAUGGAAAUAUUAGCAGUUUGAAUCAUUUGAGAAAUGCACUUAAAAGACACUCCUUUAGAAGUUCAAAAAUGGAAAACAGUCUAGAAAACUGUAGGAGUCAUUUAGGCCAAGUUACUUUUACUUUUAUGUAUAAAGUAAAAACAAUCAUCCAUGGUUGACUUUGAGGAAAGGUGGAGGGAAGUUUUCAAUUUGUUUUAUAUCUUUCUAUACUUCUGUCCUAGUCACAUUUUUAAAUUCUA